UUGACAAAUCCGCGGUCACACUGCAGUGUAUGUACGCAUUUGCGAAUUACUAGCAUCAAAUUAAACAAAUAAACUGAGCUUCAGCCGGUCGCUGAAGCCGACCAAUUGCCGCCGCCGCAUAGCAGAGAACGUGAGCUACAUUGGCCAUGUACGCGACCAACAAUGGCGGCACAAAUAAGGCGCCAAACAGCAAUGCCUCCACCACGCUGUUCGACAACACAAUCACCGUGACACCGAUCAAGAUGGAUCUGAGCGGGCCCAUGACGCAGGCCUACGCAGCUGGCAAGGUAACGACGGCGGUUCAGCGACGAACGCCCAACGCUGUGGUUGUCACAUCCCAACAGCAACUGCCCCAGCAGCUUUCCCAGCAACACCAGCAGCAGCAGCAACAACAGCAACAACAGCAGCAGCUUCAACAAUCUGCCGCGGCCACGCUGACGAUGCCCAUGCAGGCGACGCUGGUGUCUAGCGCCUGCACCAUUGUGAAUCCCGGAAUGACAAUGACGGUCAAUGCCAGUCCCAGUCCGAGCACGCCCAAGGAGAAGGCCACGAAGGCGACACGGACGCAAGUGGCACGGAAACCGCCGCCGACCAUCGAAAACUUCUGGCCGAACAUCGUGAGCGAUGUGCACGGGAUCGGGCAGGUGGAUGCGAAGCACCAGGUUCUGCCCUUGGCGCGCAUCAAGAAGAUCAUGAAGCUGGACGAGCACGCCAAAAUGAUAGCGGGUGAGGCACCGCUGCUCUUUGCCAAGGCCUGCGAAUACUUCAUCCAGGAGCUGACCAUGCACGCCUGGGUGCACACCGAGGAGAGUCGCCGGCGCACGCUGCAGCGCUCGGACAUCGCCCAGGCCAUAGCGAACUACGAUCAGUUCGAUUUCCUCAUCGACAUAGUGCCGCGGGAGGAGAUCAAGCCCUCGUCGGCGCAGAAGGGAAAAGAUGCAAUGGGAGCGUGCUCAACGACGGGUAUGGCCGGGUCCGUUGCCGGCGGUUCUGUUGGCCACAGCUCCUCCUCCUCCUCCGCCGCCACAGCAACCGCCACGAGCAACUACAGUUUGGGCGGCACCUCUGUACCUUCUGCCACGGCCACCAUCAAGAUGGACACCAGCAGCGCUGCGACCGCAGCCGAGGUGCUCGGCUUCAGCACCGUCAAUCAGGAUAUUUUCACCGCCCAACUGCAGCAGCAUCAACACCAGCAACAGCAGCAGCAUCAGCAGCCCCAGCACGUGCAGAUCAUCCAGCAGGCCGGUGGCCAUGCGGGCGGCCAGCAGCUGCAGUACUUCAUUGCGCUGCCGGGCCAGCAGGGGACGCAGCUGGUCCAGCAAGUGCAGCAGGUGCAGCAGCAGCCAGCUCAAAAUCACUUGUCCCAGAGUCUCGGGCUCAACAUUGUGGCCGCGCAGCAGCCCACACAGCAGCUGAUCCUCACCACCGGCCCCAAUGGGCAGUUGACCGCCACUCCGGCGCCGGCAACGGCAGCCCAGCAGCAAACGGCCCUGCUACAGAAUCUCGCCCAGCAGCAUCACCAGCAGCAACAGCAGCAACAACAACAGCAGCAGCAACAGCAACAAAUCCAGAUAAUUCAGCAGGUGGUGGGCCCAACGGGAGAGAUAUCCAAUGUACCCAUUGCCAUCACUGCGAGCCACUUGCAGCUGCUGCGACUGCAGAUGCAGCAACAGCAGCAGCAACAACAGCAGCAGCAGCAGCAACAAGUCGCCGCCGCUGCACAAUUGGCUGGGCAGCAGCAUGGCCAACAGCAGCAGGUGAUAAUACCCACAAACCUGCUGACGGCACAGCAGCUCAUUCAGCUGGGGGCCUCGCCAGCGGGCACAGCCACCCACCAGCAGCAGCAUCAUCAUCAGCAGCAGCAGCAUCAUCACCAGCAGCAGCAUCAGAUUCAGGUGCAGGUACAGCAACAGCAGCAUGUUAAUCUCAGCCAGAGCAACUCCAGCACCGUCAGCAAUGCCACGCCCAUAUACAUCAACUCAACGGUAUCGAGUGCGCAGACGGCAACGCAGUCGCAACAGCAGCAGCAAACGCAGGCGCAGACGAUCACCACAAUGUCUACGGAUCGGACGCUGACUGGAGGGUUUCGGUAAAAGCUCAGAGAGCUGAGAUCUAUGUCUCCCCCCUCCAAAGAGAAACAGAUUUAGAGGAGAGGCUUAGUUUUUUUUUUGGUUUUUUGGACAACUAGCAAUCAUAUCGAAGCAUUGGGAGGCAUUGACAUUGGCAUUGUCAAUGGCAAUGGCAAUGGCAAUGGCAGUGGCAUUGAUUGCGCCAUUCCCUGUCAGCCAGCACAAUGUAUAUUAUAAAUAUUUAGUUCAUAUCGGAGACGAGAGUAUAGCAGAUGAUUAUACAUAGAUAGAUGCUAAGUUUUAGGUGAGAUUUUUCAGUGUAGAAAUGAUUUCAGAUUUAAUUUUAUAUGCAUACCCUUGCAGAGGAGGGUACUAAGAUAAACAAGGUGGCACAUACUCUAGCAACAGCAUGUGUUCUAGCCGUGUGUGUUUCCAAAUGCUUCGGGCCAACCGAAGGUAGCACCUACCUACCUUCCUUCCUUCCUUCCUACCUUUCUUGUUAAUAUAGACAGACACCCGGAGUGGCGCAGGUCCCAAAAACAAUGCCAAAACGGAUGAGAUAUUGUGGACUGCUUUGGCUGCAGGUUUCAUCACCACUCCUCCAACCACCACCAAAACACAUCCACCAUUUUAAAGCUAGCACGUAGAGAUCCCGCAACCGAGGAUGCACACCCGCCCCGCAGUGGCCACACAGCGCCGAAGCAGUUUGUGCGGUGUGGUGGGCCGUGAGCAGUGGGCAGCGGGCCGUGCAUCCUCGGCGUUUAUUAUGUAUUUGUAUGUGUAACUAGAGUAAGAUCUAAAAUCAAUUAUAAGCCGCAUGGACUAUGUGCCAGAUGCGAUUCUGUACGAU